GUCGCCCCUUUCCUGUUAGCUAAGCUCACGGCAGCGUUUCAUGUGAUUUAGCAACUUAUCUUUUUGAUAUAUUUGUUCUAUCUUUAAGACUUUUUGAUCAAAUACAAAUAUGGCAGAGGCCAUCCAAAAGAAACUCAAAGCAGAAUUAGAAAAAUACACGCAGAUGCAGAAAGAUGUUAGCAAGAGCAUGUCAGCCAGACAGAAGCUGGAAACGCAACUCACAGAGAACAAUAUUGUCAAAGAGGAGAUGGACCUGCUGGACAGCACAAACACAGUUUAUAAGCUUAUUGGGCCAGUUUUAGUGAAGCAAGACCUGGAGGAGGCCAAGUCUACAGUCGCAAAGAGGUUGGAGUACAUUAACGGAGAGAUUCAGAGAUACGAGACACUUCUGAAAGACAUGGAAAAGAAGUCUGAACAGCACCGAGAAGUCUUGUCGAGUUUACAACAGGAGUUUCAGAGAGCACAGGGCCUUACUGUCGGCAAAGUCUAACCAAGUUAUAAAUCUGCAUGCUCACAGACACCAAUACACUUGCUAUACACGAAAACAGAAGAAAACACCAUAACCAAGAACAUGAAGAUGAGUAAGAACUGUUCCAUAUCCUGUCUUUAAUGUGAGCAUUGGCUACUUUUCUCUUGUUACUAAUAAACAUGUUUUUCAUUUAA